AUGUCCGAGUAUGAUGAGCAUGCUCCUGUCUUCUCAGGAAGCGGUACAGACCUGAUGACCGAGCUUAGUCGGGAAUUAACCUCCCCAUUGUUUAGACAGUUGCCCCCGGGGCUUAUCACAUCCGCUCGGAAUUUGCGGCGAUCCACCAUCUCAGCUAUCCCUGGAGAUGGUGACAUGUUACCUGUUUUUAAAGAUAUAGGCUCAAAUGGCAGCACUCCUAGCUCGCAUUCAUCUUCUCUGAAGGCCAGUCGAAUAGGGUUGAAUGACCCACCAUCGAUUAAUGUAUCGCUAUCUAGCAGCAGCGGGAAAAGGAGCAUGGGCUGUACAUUCUAUAGACCAGACAUGGAUCAUGUCUUUGAGCUACCGCAAGUCGACAAUGGGCAGCUCUUCAGAGAUGACUUCAUGCCACCCGCCAAUCUGGGUCCUGGCCAAAAUCAGCAAGGCAUAGUUAAGCACGUUGAGCAGCGGAUUGGCACUAGCCUCGGCUCCGAUUCUAACUCGGCUCCCGAUAAUACUAUCACUCUUGUCCACGACCCUGACCUGCCUCAUGAUCAUGGACCGGCUUCUGAUCCUAAGCUUAGCCUCACUUUAGGGAUCAACACCAUGCCAGAAGAGAACAACGGUCACCAAGAUUAUAACCAGAAUCAAAUCCACGAACAUGACCAACUAAGCAUUAGUGAGCUUGGCCCUGAAGAUCAUUCUAUUCAUAUCCCUCAACGAGGGAGAUCAGCUAGCAACAAAAGAGAGUAUUUAAUCAUACCCCAGGAAACGCGUGAGCGGCUUAUUCACAUGGUGUGCAUUGAUGGGAUGAACGUGCAAUCAGCAGUGAAGCAACUCAACCUAAAGUAUAGUGCAGCAAUAAACAUCGUUAGAAAGUUCCGAGAUUGUGGUCAGCUUGAGGUGGGGCCGAGGGGGCGGAGAUCCAAGAAGGUUGUUUCCCCCGAAAUGCACUCAACAAUCGCAGCUAUCUUAGCUGAGCAUCCUAAAAUAGAGGUCACCGAGCUUCGCCAAAUGCUUAAGGCGAAGGGGAUCAGUUUACCACCUUCUCUAAUCAAAGAUGCAGCUGCCAACAUCCGACGUCAGCAGAUGGACGUUGAUGUGUAUUGA